CAGUUCUCAUAGUAUAACUCACCGAAUUUGCAAUGUAUGGUUGUGACUUUUUGUUGGUUGAAAAUAGCUUAGCAUAUUUAUUCUCAACAUAAGUGUUGCAGUCUUUUGGCAUUUAAACUGUUUAUCAGUAGAGCGUAUUACAGGGGCGAAAACUACGCCUAACCGGUGUUAUGGCUGUUCUAUAAACACUCCAACUCGAAGAAAAAUGGUAGAAAACGGGUGAAUAAUAGACAUGCGAUGAACUCGCCUGUAGAGAUAUUAGAUAAAUUUGAGAGUUCAAAUAAUCCAACUCAAAAAGAGAAAUUUGAAGGUGAUUUAAAAAAAGAAAUUAAAAAACUACAAAGAUUAAGAGAUCAAAUUAAAACAUGGAUAACAGCUAGUGAAGUUAAAGAUAAACGACCUUUAUUAGAAGCACGAAAAGAAAUAGAACAAGAUAUGGAAAGAUUUAAAGUUAUCGAGAAGGAGACAAAAACUAAAGCCUAUUCUAAAGAAGGCUUAUUAUCUUCAGAAGCCAAGAAAGAUCCUCUACAAAAAGAGAAAGAAGAAUUAGACGAAUGGUUAAAACAAUGUAUUAGUUCGCUAAAUACUCAAACAGAAAAGUAUGAAUUUGAAAUUGAAAGUCUAUCAAAUAACAAUAAAAAGAAAAGGAUAGAUAAAGAAACAGCUUUAGCUAUCGAUGAAAAACGUCAACGUUUAGAGAUGUGUUGUUUUCAUGUCGAGAAACUUGAAGCUAUCAUGCGUUUACUGGAUAAUGAACGAUUAGACUGUACAAAAGUUAGAUCAAUUCAAGAGUCGAUUGAAUAUGUGAUCGAUUGUGGCGAUAAUCAAUCUAUGCUUGAUUUUAAAAAUAUCUAUGAUGAUUUAUGUUUGGAUGAGUUAGGCGAUUCCACUGGAAUAACUGCUGCUUCAGGUACUGUCACUGUUAAUCAAGAGCAUGAUUUAAAUGGUGUGAUUACUCCUGUUGCCAAUUUAGUAAAUCCUCGAGUUGGAAACGAUGAUGCUGGUUCAUCGGCAUCAACGCAUACAAGUACUUCCAAUCAUACUGACUCCUCAGUUAAUCAUCCAGGAUCAUCAACUUCCUCAAAUGCUUCAUCCUCACGGGAACGUGCUAAAAGCGAUGAAAAGAUUCCUUUAUUACCGCAUGUAUCCGCUUCGUCUACCAGUACACCUGUGAAAUCUAAUACAGGCGGUUCAACUGGUAAGCAUAAAUCGAAUAGUCUAGCCAAUCAAACUGCUCCUGCUCUUAUGUCUCAAGUUGUCGCUGGUACGCCUAAUAAGUCUGGAAAGUCUAACACAAAUAGCCAUGUCUUAGCAGCAAACUCUACUAUAAAUAAUAUGAUUGAUUCGAAUGCAGUGAAACCUACUCCUUUGGAUUCACAAGUUGUCGUUGAUGAUUCUUCUCGUAACCAGAAAAAUGAUAGUAGUCAAAAAAUUACUGAUCGUUCCAGUACUACAAAUCCUCAGCUGCAAUCACACAAUAAAAAUACACCAAAUGAUGAUUUAAAUUCACUGUCACCUAUCUCCUCUGUCACAGUAACAAAUUCAACCUCUCCGGUGCCUAAUCAUGCGUUUACCACUCCACAUCCCAAAGAUGAUUCAUCUGUGAUUAAUAAUCGAGAAGAAUUUCUCACAGUCAGUCAGUCUUCGUGUAUUUCAAGUUCAGUUAACUCUUCAUCACCUGUUACAAUCCGAAGUAAGUCAUCUGAAGUGAAUAAAACUACUGGAGUUACAAAUGUUUACAAUAAUACAAUCCUUUCAACAUCAUCCUCUGAUGGAGCUGAACAUGUCAAUCAUACACCACCGAGUUUGUAUUCAGCAGCUAUGUUGGCAGCUUCUCAGGAUAAACAAUUGUCAUCAUUACUUGCUAGCUCUCAGCAUCCAUCUGCAGUACGUGGAGGUUCAAAUGCCAUGGAUCCUUCGGUGUCUGCAGUUUCCAUGUCUAGCAAAUUCCAAUCUGUAUCCAGUAGUGCUACAUCUUUACCACCUUCCUCGUCUGUAAUGUCAACAACCAUUCCUCAAGCACAGUCGUCUUAUUUAGGAAUUGACAACCAGGUAUCCAGUCUACAGCCAUCAUUACAUUCUUCACAACAGUUGAAAAAUCAUCCAAGCAGUCCAAUUCAUGCGCAUAUGCAUCCACGUGAUGCAGCGGCUCCAUUCCGAAACAGAAAUUUGGAUAAACCUAAAGGAGCUGUUCCACAGGAGCUUCUUCUACAACUUCAAGCCCUGGAAAGUGGUUAUCGUCGUCUACCGCAUCCUUGUGAUACAGAACGAUCACGUAUGAUCGUGUGUAAAAAUCCUGUGAAUUGUCCAAGUUAUUAUCCACGUGAACCAUUAGUUGGUACAGACAGUGAAGAAUACUAUAUGAAAUUAGAUGCACAAACUCUCUUCUUUAUAUUCUAUUACUUUGAAGGCACUAAAGCACAAUAUCUAGCUGCUAAAGCCUUAAAACGUAUGUCAUGGCGAUUUCAUACAAAAUUUAUGAUGUGGUUUCAACGUCAUGAAGAACCGAAACAAAUCACUGAUGAAUACGAAUCUGGAUCGUAUAUUUACUAUGAUUUUAGAACAAUGCGACAACGGAAAAAAGAGGAGUUUAUGUUUCAUUAUAGUUUUCUAGAAGAUAAAGACUUUUAGUGGUAGGUAGCAGGCAGUCCCCAGUGUGAGUAGUCUACUCUGCGUGUGUAUGUGUGUGUAGCGGUGUUAUAAUAAAUUUGAACAUUAUUUUUCUUUCCUUUUUUGUGAUUUUCAACAUAUCUUUCCCUGUUACCUUUUUUUUACUACUACUACUACUACUACUAAUGUACAAUACUUACUGUGUAGUGUGUGUAGAGUUGAGUAGAGUAGUGUAGUGUGGAGUGGGUUGGAGUGUACCCCACUGUGAAGGAAUGGCGAUAAUAUUUCAUGUGUACUAUAAUGAGAAACCAGAAUUGGUGUCUACCUACUGACUAACUAACUAAGUAACCAACUAACUGACUAACAUUGUUUGCAUUUUUUGCCAAUUCAAUCUGUGUUCGUGUGCCUGUGUGUGUGAUCGCUCCCCCCUACCCCCUAUUUUUUAUGUUUUUGUUCCUUCCCUCCCCUGCCCCCAGCACCAGUUAUCAAAUUUUUUGCAGCAAUUCCACCCAAUAUACCACUAUUACUACUACUACUCUUUUAUUCCCAGAAAUGUGAAACCCCACUGUUUUUGGUCGAUUGGGAGUCGUCUUUUGUGAAUAAUAAUUAGUACUACUAUUAUUACUUAUCUUAUUACUAUUGUUAUUAUUAUUACUACCAAUAAUAUUCAUAAUUAUCAGUGAUAUUCUUAACUAUGCAUAUAUAUACAUAUACAUAUAUAUAUAAACUAUAAUAUUUCGCUCAAAAUCCUUACUUCAGUGUAUAUCGAUCACAGACACACAAGCACACACACAUAUAUAUAUACACAGUCGAUCAAUCAGUCUGUCCUGUUCUUUGUGAAUUGUGUAGAAAUUGUUUUCAACCAGUGUACUUUCUGAUAUAUAUAUAUAUAUAUAUAUAUAUAUAUAUGCAUACUAACAAACAAACAAACUGCAUUUAAACACAAAUUUAUUCAAUAUUUUUCCAGUCAAUAAGUUUUUUUUUGAAGAUCAAUACAAAUACAAAUAAAUACGCAUAUAUAAAUAUAA